CCUUACCAAGAAAGGACGUAGUAUUUCUGCUGGACGGUUCAGAUGGAAAUAGGAAUUCUUUCCCAGCAAUGCGUGAAUUUGUUCAAAGAGUAGUGGAGCAAUUCAACAUAGAUGCAAACGAAGACCAUGUUUCUGUGGUGCAGUACAGUAGAGACACUGAGGUCCAUUUCUAUCUGAAUACCUACACUUCAAAGGAAGACAUUCUUGACAGUGUCAGAGGUCUGAGACACAAAGGAGGGAGACCCCUCAACACGGGUGCAGCUCUCCAGUACGUCAAAGAUAAUGUCUUUACAGCCUCCUAUGGCAGCAGACGACUGGAGGGUGUGCCGCAGAUACUGAUUGUGCUAAGUGGGGGAAAGUCAUUUGACAGUGUUGAUACAGCAGCCUCCUCUCUGAAAGAGCUUGGAGUCUUGACCUUCGGAAUCGGCUCAAGAGGCUCUGAUAGCAGAGAAUUGCAGAGAAUCUCAUAUGACCCCAAUUACGCUCUGUCCGUGUCCGACUUCACUGAGCUUCCAAAUGUCCAAGAACAGCUGCUGGCCUCCGUACAGGCUGUUGCAAUGCCAACUACGCCAACUUCACCGACAGUGAUCGCUGAUUACACCAUACCAAGAAAGGAUGUAGUAAUUUUGCUGGACGGCUCAGAUGGCACUAGGAAUUCUUUCCCAGCAAUGCGUGAAUUUGUGCAAAGAGUAGUAGAGCAAUUUAACAUAGAGGCAAACAGAGACCGUGUUUCUGUGGUGCAGUACAGUAAAGACGCUGAGGCCCAUUUCUAUCUUAAUACCUACGCUACAAAGGAGGAGAUCCUUAACACUGUCAGGAGUCUUAGGCACAGAGGAGGGAGACCCCUCAACACAGGGGCAGCUCUCCAGUACGUGAUGAACAAUGUCUUCACUGCCUCUGCUGGGAGUAGAAGGCAAGAGGGUGUUCCUCAGGUUCUUAUACUUUUCAGUGGAGGACGCUCAAACGAUAACAUAGACACACCUGCCUCUGCUCUGAAAGAGAGUGGGGUCUUAAUUUUUGGCAUUGGCACCAGAAAUUCGAGCAGAGAGGUACAGAUAAUUGCCAGUGGUCCUACCUAUGCACAGUCCAUCCCUGAGUUCUCUGACCUUCCCAGUGUCCAGCAGCAGUUUUUGAGCUCACUGAACAAUGUGCUUGUGCAAGUCCUGCAGAUGACACCUACUGUUAUGGUUGAACGAAGGAUGGCUGGGAGGGAUGUAGUGUUCCUGCUGGAUGGUUCAGAUGGCACUAGGAGCUCUUUUCCAGCAAUGCGUGACUUUGUUGAAAGGAUGGUGGAGAGAUUGAAUAUGUCUGAGAGACGAGACCGUGUGUCUGUGGUGCAGUUCAGCAGAGAUCCAGAGGCCCAUUUCUAUCUUAACACAUACACGAAUAAGGAGGACAUUCUUGACACGGUCAGGGGCCUGAGGCACAAAGGAGGGAGACCCCUCAACACAGGGGCGGCUCUGCAGUACGUGAGAGACAGUGUCUUCACUGCCUCCUCAGGAAGCAGACGUGUAGAGGGUGUGCCACAGUUACUGAUUCUGCUGAGUGGUGGAAGGUCAUUUGAUAAUGUUGACAUACCGGCCACCUCCCUGAAAGAGCUUGGAGUAUUGAUCUUUGGGAUAGGGUCAAGGAGCUCUGACAGCAGGGAACUGCAGAGGAUCUCCCAUGACCCAAGUUAUGUACUCUCAGUGAGUGACUUCUCUGACCUUCCCAGUGUCCAACAGCAGCUUUUCACCAACAUUAACACGGUACUUGUAGAGGGCACGCCUAUCACUACCACAAUAAUAGGUAAGAGAAAGACAAAACUGGCUUGCUUUAAUGCCCCUCAUUUUUUAUGAUCGUAGCAA